AUGACUGAAGAGUUCAAGGUAGGAAAGGCAAGAGCCCUACUGACCCUAGAAGGAAGCAGAGAUCCGAGAGUCAGUCAAGCAGGAAUACAGCUGAGAUCAGGUCGGAAGUGGGCUGUGGAUAAGGCAGUGGAUGAAGCGAAGAGUAGACUCAGGCACAGUGAUAUAGUUGGCGUCGUGGCACAAGGCAGACUAGGACUAGGUGCAGGGAAGGUGGCAAGCCAGAGAUGGGGCACGGCGGGCCCUAAGGAAAGAAGGGACAUGGUACAGAGGGAAGUAAGAAGGAAGGAGGAGGAAGGAAGGAAAUCACUAGCUGUGAGCCAAGGAGUGCAGGGCGCCUGGACUAAGUGGGAGGGAGUGAGAAGUAGAUGUGUGAAGUGGAGUGACCUGUGGAAGUGUGAACCACUGAGAAUCCAAUUCCUCCUCAGAUCAGUUUACGACCUCUUACCCACUCCAGUGAACCUGAAGAGAUGGGGGAAGGAGAAGGAGGAGAAGUGUCAGCUAUGUGAGAGGAGAGGAACGCUAAGCCAUGUUCUGUCAAGCUGCCCGAUCGCCUUAGGUCAGGGGCGAUAUAGAUGGAGACAUGACCAGGUACUGAGAGUGCUGGCAUGCACACUUGAGGAGGAGAGAACCAAGAAGAGAGGGAAGAACAGGAAAGGGCCGAAGUUCAUAGGGUUUGUCAGAGAAGGAGAAGGAGAGAAGAGGAAGACAGGUACUAAAGACAGAGAGAGAGGCAUCCUGCCCACAGCUAGUGACUGGAAUCUCAGAGUCGACUUAGACAGGAGACUGGUAUUCCCAGAGGAGAUAUCCAGCACAAACCUGAAACCGGAUGUAGUGCUGUGGUCUACUCAGACAAAGCAGAUAGUCCUAGUGGAGCUAACUGUCCCGUGGGAGGAGAGAAUAGAGGAGGCGUAUGAAAGGAAGGCCUUGAAGUACCAAAACCUACUGCAGGACUGUGUAGAGAAAGGGUGGAGAUCGUGGUGUUUUCCCAUAGAGAUAGGAUGCAGAGGAUUUGUGGCGCAGUCAGCCUGGAGAGCGCUAGGGACGCUAGGAAUAGUGGGGAAACAACGACGAGAUACGGUCUCGAAGAUGGCAGAGACAGCAGAAGUGGCAUCACGCUGGGUGUGGAGAAACAGACAGAGCAAGUGGAAACCAACAACCCCCUGA